UUGCGCACACACACGGACACACAAGUCGGGGUUUGCAGUGUGUUUAACGAGGAGAAAGCCGAAACUUGUGAGGAUAUGAUUCAGCUGCUGGCUUUGCACGCGCUCCGGUAACGCGGCGGUUCCGCUACUCGGGGACUCGUUGGGUUUUCGCGGGCCGAACUGACGGAGGGCGAUGCGCUUGGAGGCGCGCUGAACAAAGAGCUUUUCUUCCCUCUACUAUUGUUUCCGAGCUGGGCGCCCACUUCCCGACGCAGUCCGGGGCUGGAAAAGUAAGAAAAGUGAGGGGCCCGCGCUCCAGUCAUGACCUCUGGGAAUGGGACCAGUAGCAGCAGCCAGCACGAUGGAGACAGCAAAGCAGCCCAGGCCCUAGUCAAGUCCCACAUCCUCACCCAUCUGAUCGAAGGCUUCGUGAUCCAGGAGGGAGCCCAGCCUUUCCCUGUCGAACGUCCGUCGUUCUGCAUCGAGAGCCUGAGGAGACACACGGCGGACGCCAAGAUGGACAGCGUCACUCCAAAGGAGCUGAAGGCCCAGCAGGAGCCCAUGCUGACCUGUGAGCUGUGCGGCAGGGUGGACUUCGCCUACAUCUUCAAAAGGUCCAAGAGGUUCUGCUCUACAGUGUGCGCCAAGCGCUACAAUGUUGGAUGCACAAAGAGGAUGGGCCUCUUCCCGAACCGUAAAACCACGCUGGAGAACAUGAAGAAACAACGGGCGCUCAACGGGAGUCACAAAGCCUCCAGCCUGGAGUCUAAAAAGAAGACCGCUCCCUCUGUGCAGAAGCCGGCCACUGCCGCUCCGCCCACCGGCCACUCCGCGCACCCCGUACAGGGAGAGUCCAGCCAGUGUUCCGACCUGUCCGGCCACAGGGAGGUCCGGUCCCGGUCGCCGGCCGCCCAGCAGGGCACGGAGCUGCCCCUGCUGCCCCACGGCUUCCUACCCAGCGACCCCGGCCGGUGGAACAUACAGGACGUCUACGAGUUCAUCUCGUCGCUGCAAGGUUGUCUGGAGAUCGCGGAGGAGUUCCGGUCUCAGGAGAUUGAUGGACAGGCCCUGCUGCUGCUGAAGGAGGACCACCUCAUGGGAGCCAUGAACAUCAAGCUGGGCCCCGCGCUCAAGAUCUUUGCCCAGAUCAACCUGCUUAAAGACUCGUAGCCCAUCGUACACACACACUGCUCUCACAGGCAGCUCUGGACAGUGGAUGUGCUCAAGACCUCAGCUGGGACUGACUGGAUCUUACACUGAAGGCGUCACGCUACAGUUUGAUGUGAACAGUGUAUUUCAUAGGCUGUGUUUGGAAAAGUGUUUCAUAGAGGCUGUGUUUUUGUUUUUGUUGCUGUAUCGCAGGCUUCUGCAGGAUCUCAGAUCUAGGCUCAACCUUGCCUUGAUCAGAAGCUCGAUCUGUGCAUCCGGCACAUUUAGCACUGACCCCAGACCCUCAAACGACACAUCACCACCUUGCAUUGCAUCAUCACAGAGAUCAUCAUCACAAGAUUUAGCAGCAUAGACAUAAUAUAUCUCAACACUUUGUGUUAAUUCUGCACUAGGAACAGUGUCGCUGCUGCUGCUGGAGCAUCUUCCAGCUUCUAAUCCGGCCACGUCUGUUUGGGUCCAGCUUAUAAAUUGCAAUAUUUCAUUUUCAAUUGUUAAACUCGUUCCAAAAUACAAGUGAUGCUCAUUUCCUCUUACAGCAGCAGAGCUCAUCCUUCCAUCAGUACUCAUGUUAUAGCGCUCAUACAAACGCUUCUUCUCACAAUGUCAUUGCAGGAGCUGCUCCAGGAGGUGGCGGUGUAGGACACUGGUGUGUGACAAAUCUCAGAGAACAUUUGAUUAUAUGGAUGUUUGUGUUUCAUGUAAUCAAAUAGGAAAACCUGGUUUAGACCGUGGCAGAAUAACUGGGGCUGAUUAAACUCUGCCGCUCUACACUACUGCGGCUAUCGUAAAAACUACUGUUGCCUCAGGAUCUGCUCCGUCAGGUCUCCUACGUUUCUGGUGCUUAUUGAUAAUUCAUCAGGUUUUUUUUCUUUUUUAAUGUGAAUUCAGAUUGCUGUACAGUGUGUUGAAUUCUCACCUGGCACAGCUCUGCAUCAGGAACGCAAACACCUGCUCCACUGUGAUCAGAUCGACUCUGUGCAGCGAGGAGUAAACUAAGAUUUUGCCUUCAGAUUUCUGUUCAUGCCAAAGUCUCCCAAAUGUCUGAGGGCUGGACAGAACCCUCCUUACAGCUAAUAUCAGGUUUCUGUGGUGGUGAUCACAUCUUCCUGAGUAGCAUGUGUGUGGUGACGACACGUCAGUAGAGGGUAGACACUGUUUUCUCUGUUACCAGUUUCAGACUUGUUGAAAAACUUUGUCCUUGUUGAUUUUUCUUACAGAAAUUUAAUUUUUUAAUUAAACAAUAAAAACGUAGACACAUCA